UUUCCAGGUAUAAACCUAUGGAAGAAGUAAUUAUUUCAGUCUGAAAGAGCUAGCCCAAAAGGUAGCAAUUGGAAGGAUGUCAUUUCGAGGACGUGGUGGGGGUGGAUUUCGAGGAUCAAGAGGAGGAGGUGGAUUCCGUGGAAGAGGAGGAGGAGGAGGAGGAUUUAAUAGAAGACCUCAAGAUAUGGGACCUCCUGAGGAAGUAGUUAUUGAGUUUGGUUACCUCACACAUACAUGCCGGGAUGACCUGGUGUGUAAGGUAGUUGUGGAUGAUGUUCCAUACUUCAAUGCUCCCAUCUACCUGAAGAACAUGGAGCAGAUUGGAAAAGUGGAUGAAAUCCUUGGACACCUUCGUGAUUACUAUAUUUCUGUCAAGUUGGGUGAAAAUAUGAAAGCAUCAUCUUUUGACAAAGAAACCAAGAUUUAUAUAGAUCCAAACAAGUUGCUUCCCCUUCAACGCUUCUUGCCAGGAGCUCAGGGUCGUGGGGGUGGAAGGCGUGGGGGAAGAGGAGACUCACGAGGGCGAGGGGGUGGUUUCAGAGGAAGCAGAGGAGGAGGUGGUGGUCGAGGAUUUCGAGGUGGAGGUGGUGGUUUUCGUGGUGGGGGAUUCCGUGGUCGUGGUGGAGGUGGAUUUGGUGGAGGUGGCAGAGGUGGGUUUGGUGGAGGUGGUGGAUUUGGUGGAGGUGGCAGAGGUGGAUUUGGUAACAGAGGUGGGUUUCGAGGUGGAAGAGGCGGAUCCUAUUGA